AUGCCUGGUAGUGUUAAAGUCAAAAUAAUGUCAGCCCGGAAUCUCCCAAUAAUGGACCGGGCAACCUUAUUGACCGACGCGUUCGUCGAAAUUCGAAUUGGCAAUACAAGCUAUAAAACUGAGGUCGCUCGUCGUUCUCUGAACCCCUGCUGGAACAGUGAAUGGUUUUGUUUCGAGGUAAGCAUCGUCUCAUCCCGACCAGAUAGUCUGCUCCUACGCAUCACGUAG